GGCAUUGGAUUCCACAGCCCGUGGAGCUGAGGGGCAGGCAGCGGUUUCCUGGCAGUCUGUGAACAAAACAUCUAUACAAGUGUGAGAACCUGCGACCAUAAAAAAUCACAGAACAUUUUAGAGGAAGCCUGCUGGGUUAAAAAAUUUGACUGUGCGACAGCUAUCCCAAUAAUACAACGCUUCAGUCUUUGCUCCUGAUCCAAGCCAGAGAUGACAACUGAGAAGACUGAAUACACUCCCGUCCAAGGGGGGCCUUCUCCGCCUCUUCUUCCCGGACAGCCAGCAUUUCCUCCUGCAUAUGACAUGAACAUGCCAGGCCCAAACAUGUUCGGAGGCCCUGCUCCUGGAGUUGUCCCUUUCCCUCCACCAACUGCUUUUGGACCAGGUGUUCCUGGAGCUUUUGGGAUGGCUCCAAACCCCCAAGGUGGCAUGGGAUAUGGUCCCAGUCCGUCCUCUUUACCAUAUUGUCCACCAGGACAGGGCUUUAAUAGCAACUUUGAAAAUGAUGUUUUCACCAACCAGGAGGAUCCACCAGCCUUCAUCGAGAAUGACGAAUUUGAUUUUGGAUUAGAUAACAAGAGCAUAAGAAGAGCCUUCAUUCGAAAGGUAUUCUUGGUGUUAACUGCUCAGCUGAUGGUGACAUUCGCCUUCGUGGCUGUUUUCACCUUUGUGGCAGAGGUCAGGAUGUUUGUCAUGGUGAACACCUGGACCUACUUUGUGUCCUAUGCUGUGUUCUUUGCGUCAGUUUGUGCAAUCAGCUGUUGUGGAAGCAUUCGCCGAAAACAUCCUUGGAACCUGGUUGCGCUGUCCAUCCUGACUCUCAGUAUGUCCUACAUGGUGGGAAUGAUCGCCAGUUUUCAUGACACCGACUCAGUGGUCAUGGCGGUGGGCAUCACGGCAGUUGUGUGCUUCACAGUGGUCAUCUUCUCUCUUCAGACCAAGUACGACUUCACUUCCUGUUACGGCGUGCUUUUUGUCUGUUUAAUUGUCUUGAUCUUCUUCGGCAUCCUCUGCAUCAUCAUCCGUGACAAGAUUCUGCACAUUGUGUAUGCUGGACUGGGAGCAUUGCUCUUCACCUGUUUCUUGGCGGUCGACACGCAGCUGCUGCUUGGCAACAAGGAAUUGGCCCUGAGUCCAGAGGAAUACGUCUUUGCUGCUCUUACCUUGUACACAGACAUCAUCAACAUCUUCCUCUAUAUUCUUGCUAUCCUUGGAAGAGCAAGGGGGGGCUGAGCAGGAGGAACAACAGAAAUUGUUUUGAGUUCAUGUAUUUAAGUGAAUUCCCAUAAUCUUGACUUUUAUUUUUUCUAAUUUUUCUGUGAACUGUUUUGUCUCGUAGUGUUCAUCGAUCACAUAUUCUGAGAUUUCUUCUUGCUUUAUGUUGUGCAAAUGUUUUUUUUAUAAUAAUACAUUGUCUGUUUUAUGAAGUGAUAUGUCUUCUGGUAAAAGACUUCGUCUUGGUUUAGAAAAUGAUUUCUUAUGCCAAAUGAAAUUGGCAAAAGAAUAAAAAGUCCACUUACCUACUUUUUUCAGAGCUUUCACCUUUAUCACACGGUCUUCAUCAGCAGAAGGAGUUUGCUCAGCUGUCUUGGUGAGCAGUUAUGAUUUCAUCCAUUUCACCUGUCUCUUCCGGGUUGGCUUCUUAAGUAGAUGAAGACCUUGUGAUACGGGCAAAACACGGGAAAAAAAACUAGUAAGUGGAUCUCGAGUCAGGAUUGUCUUGUCAAACUACUAUU